CAGGAACAUUCAUCUAAAGCUGGUGAACCAUCAUGGCCGCUUCCGUAGUAAGAGGUAUUGGCUCUAACCUUGCUAAAAACCUUCGAGAGAUUCGUCUACAUUUGUGCCAGACUUCGCCUGCGAGUCAAGGAGCAAGGGAUUUUGUUGAACAACACUAUGUGGAACUGAAGAAGGCAAACCCCACAUUCCCCAUCCUCAUCAGGGAGUGCUCAGGUGUUCAGCCUAAGCUUUGGGCAAGAUCUGAUUUUGGUAAGGAGAGCAGUGUGGCCCUUGACAACAUGAAUGCUGACCAAGUGGCUAAGGUGCUGGAGACAGUUGUGACAUCAUAAGCAUGACCAACUCCGCUCCCCCUAGGACACCUUUCCAACUGAGAUGGAGUGUGGAUUGUAAAGGACUUGUAUCACAUACAGCUUUAUUGCUGUUCUAAUAAAUCUGAGUACUAACUUGUGA